AUGGGUCAGAUGGAAGUGUGCGACUUGGCCAAAGAUGAGAGGUCAGGGGAGGACAACCCAGCCUUCAGUGAUGAGGAGAAUGACCAACACAAAGGUAACGUUAAGAAACAAGUAGUCGGGGAGGCUGGCAAGUCCUCCGAGAAGGACCUCACACCGGAGGAGAAACAAGAGAAGUUUUUAAUCAUGAAGAACAUCGUCAUCAUCUCCAUUGCUUUCACCUUACUCUUCACUAGCUUCGGUUCAAUGGCUAAUCUCCAGUCUUCCAUUAAUAAGACUGAUGGAACAGCCGCAAUGACUGUUCUUUAUGGUGCUUUCGUCUUCUCCUGUUGCUUCUUGCCGUCGUGGCUGCUGUCGUUGUUAAAGGAGAAGUACACACUGGCACUCUCCAUACUCUGCUACUCCUCCUACAUCGCAGCUCAGUUCUACCCACAGAUCUACACUCUCGUGCCUACAGCCUUCAUCCUGGGUUUGGGGGCUGCCCCACUCUGGGCCUCCAAGUGCAUUUACUUAACCAAGGUUGCGCUGAGAUACGCCAGUAUUGUGGGCGAGAACAGUGAUGUCAUCAUAACAAAGUUCUUCGGCAUUUUCUUCAUGUUCUUCCAGUUUGCUGGAGUGUUCGGUAGCCUUAUUGUUUCCUCAGUGUUGUCUGUGGGUGUGGACGAAGUCAACAGGACGGAGGCGGAGCUACUCUCCUGUGGGUACAACUUCUGCAUUUCUAAGCCCACCAGAGAGCUAAAGGAUACCGACUUCAGCGAGAGGGAAGGCCCGCCUCUCUGGCAGAUUUACACCUUAGCUUCUACCUUCCUCCUCUGCUCCCUCCUCUCCUCUUUAGUCGUCAUAAUCUUCGUUGAUCCUAUAAGCGCCUUUAAAGAGGUAGAAAGUGACUAUGAAGAGCGUAAGGGCAGUUUACAACUGCUAGUUGCCACUUUCAACCAUCUGCGGCACCCAUACCAGCUGCUCAUUGUGCCCCUCACCAUCUGGUCAGGUCUUGAACAAGGUUUUCUCUCUGCAGACUACACCGCAGGUUACGUGUCGUGUGGUAUCGGAGUGCACAUGGUGGGAUAUGUGAUCAUGUGUUUCCAUGUGUGUGACUCUCUCUGCUGCAUGGGGCUCAGUUCUCUGGUGAAGGUGGUGGGGCGGGUGCCUGUUUUCACCCUGGGUUUCCUCAUCCACUUGGCCCUCAUCGUGGCACUCGUGUACUGGAGGCCACUCCCGGAUGACUUCGCGUGGUUCUUCGUCAUUGUCAGCCUCUGGGGAGUGAGUGACGCUGUCUGGCAGACACAGAUCAAUGCACUGUAUGGUGUGAUCUUCCCUGGCCAGUGUGAGGCAGCUUUCAGUAACUACCGCUUGUGGGAGUCUGUUGGCUUUUUCAUCUCAUACGCCUGCAGCACCGUCAUUUGCGUUGAUGCCAAGAUCACCAUCCUCAUCAUCUUCCUGGUGGUGGGCAUGACUGGAUACUAUGCCAUUGAGAUCAUACAAAAGAUGGGAGGCCCGAAGAAGGACAAGGACGGUAGCGUCAUACCUCUAGAUCAACUCAUAGUCAGAGAGUUAUAA